AAUGAAUAUUACUCCACCAAAAAGUUCAAAUAUGAAUACGCUGGCCUGGCCUCAACAUGCGCAGAUCAGAGGAACUAGACACUUUCAGUUUUUCAGUGUCAGGACAGCACUUGACACGCACUCGGUUGCUUCCUUUCCUCAAAUUCACUUCCCAACUCAUCUUUAUCCAUUCCGUAUAACUGAUAUUCAGCUUUAUGGAUAUUUGGUACCUAUUUUCUUAUCCUACAAUAUUAGCCAUGAAGUUACUAUUAUUUAGGCGUAAUUGGUAUGCAAUAUUGGUGUCAGUCACCUAAAAAAAACUCGACCCCGGUCCCCGGGGGGUUAGACACCCCCGAGGCAUUACCAUGAAAGACAGAAGGUUUCUCUUCCGCAGGGUUGAGAAAAGGCCACAAACCCCGGUUGUCCAGGACGUGCCACUAACGGCGAGGGUGUGCGCCUGCGGCUGCGCGUUCACGCUGCAACCGACAGUGGACCACGCAUUUCACUGAAAUAGCACAGUGAGUGGCCUUUUUUUGUGAGAACGGGGAGUCGAACUCUUGACCUGCAGGCUGCACACCCGCAAGCCUACCACUGUGUGCUCUUUUUGCUUGUCAUUUUAGGAGCUCUUAUUUUCAUCAAAUUCCACGCGAGUUACUACAGAGACCACAAUCAUCCUGUCCUGAACGACUUUCACCGUCAACUUCAGAGUAAGGUACAUAUUUGGCUGCUGAUCAUUACCAUAGAUGCUUUCAAAUGCUAGCUUUGGUCUAGAAGCUUUUAUUCUAUUUCUCGUGUACCAACUGUCCACCCUAAUAUAAUCUAGCUUUCAAUGAUGAGCAUGUUGAGGUCCUGCAGCAAGAUCUGGAUUCUUUUCCUUGUUAAUUCAAAUGGCUAUUCUUUUGGCUUUUAGCACAGAACAUUGUCAGGUCUCUUGUUCCAUUAUUUAUUGGUAGGUAGGUCUUGGAUUUCCCUGAAGUGGGUGUAUAUUUUGCCUUGUUUUCAAUUGAAGAUGGCUAACCUUCAGUGUCUCCAGAUAAGAUGAUACCUCUUGUGUCAGAAUUAUACCUGGCAUUUUCCAGUCUGGUUAAGGACCUUGGUAGUUAUAUAGAGUGGGAGCUUUGUGUGUAAUGAACUCAACUUUGGUAAAAGUUUCCAAUCUAUAUUGCCUGUGUAUACCUUGAAUGUUUUAUACAUAUGAUUUACUUUCAUUCAGGAAUCAAGAUUCUACCCUGUUCGGUGAUUUUGGAGUUAUGGCAACAUUUAUUGAUGAUAUUAACUAAUUUGAAAUCUUCACUGGUUUUGGAGUUUGUUACGUCAGUGAUCUAAGACAAUUUCAUCAUGCUGUGGAGAUUAAAUGUUAAGGGAUUCUCUUACUAAUGUCAAAUCAUGCCAGUGCUGAGGUAGGAAUGGCUACUUUCUGUAAUCCCACAUAUCCUAAUCAUUCCUGAUGUGGACCAUCCUCUUGAGGAUCUUUUCAGUAUCAGACCAUGAGGCUUCAUCACUGUUCCUGGUUGAUCUGCAGUACAGAUUUACUUGGUCCGCAUGAUUCACAUAAGCCUUUUCAAACUUUACGAACAAAUAGUGACAGAUUAGUUAUAGGUGAAGCAUGUGGGAGCUUGUUGUUCUAGCGCUAUAUGCUAAGAUAAUGCAUGUGAUUCCAGCCAUCUGUAUAGUAGGCAAGACCUACUUGGCCAAUUGUUUAGUAGAUAGGCAGUACUGUUGAUUCGCUCCCUUGAUCAAGUGCAGACUUAAACAAAAGACUGAUCUCACUUGGUUGUCAGUGUGUGUGUGUGUGUGACCUUGCGUGGAACUGAAGGGGUUCUGCAUAAAUUAAAUCGUGUUCACGUGACAACCUGUAUGGUGCUUUCAACUAAUUGGAUUCAGCUACAUGUGCCCCGUCAGACAUGCUGCCAUCAGGAUACGCUUAGAUCAUCUCCCACUAGCUGGUUUUGAUUGGUGAUUUGACAUACUAUACUGGAUUAACAUCGUACUUAACAGCUAUAUGGUCACUUGCCGAGUGUCUUACCCUGCAAUUGGUAUUAUAUGCAAGUCUUUUGAUGGUAACUAUGCUCAUUACACAGCUAGGCUAUUAAGUCUAUUGUUAGGGUCAAUGGCUCAAUUUUUUAAACAGGAAGCAGCUGAUGAUCUAGGAUUAUAUUAAUAGUAGCAGUGGAUCGUGUGAAUUUGAAUAUUCAAGAGACAAUGAGAAUUUGUGCUGCAUCUAUUUGCUGUCAUUGGCUGGCUAAUGAGAUCCUUAUUAGGUUAAUGGGAUAUGUAUUCUCUAUUAUUGCUCUCUUCCUAUAUCAUUAGUUUUUUUUAUGAUCUAUACAUCUCGCAUUAGAACAUAACACCCCCCCCCCUCCAAAAAAAAAAACUUUUGAGGGCUACAAUUUCCCACAGCAAUCUGUUGUGAAAAAAGAUUAGUAUCUCAAUCAUGCAUUAUGGUGGAAUCAGAAUAUGAUGGUUUAUGUAGUGAAUUUGCACAGAAUAUAAUACUAUGCCUUUAGCCACAGCCAUUGGAUUUGUAUGGCAGAUACAGUUGUAUUUGCAAUUGCAAAUCUAGUUGUGAAAUGCCUUCGACUAUUCUACUAGUUAUUAUUAAGUUUCCCACCGUUAUCAUGCAACCUUAGAUCUCUAUCAAGCUUAUAGGGCACAGUUCAUAAUCAUUAAUUGGAAUUUAAAUGCUAUUUGUCUACUAAUAUACUUGCUUAUGGCUCAGUUUUAUACAUGCUACACAGAUUGCACUAAAAUGACCAAUGGGAUUGAACUGCCUGGAGAAAUCUACAUGUUGUCAACUUCUGCUAUAAUUUUUAGUUAUUUCAGAUCCGCUUUUAAUCAGUCACUGGUGUGCAGACUUUUUAGAAAUUUCUGGUACACUUUCCUUUAGGAGUUCAAGAGAAAACAGUGUGAAAAUGCAAGUACAAACGAACACCCACUACACAUGCUAACACUGUAAGGUCACAUUCUAAUGGUUGAGCUUCUGGUUGUUGUGAAGGGCUAAUCUACACCGUAUUAACAUCAUUGGCCAUUAAAAGAACAAAGAAAAGCUUGUAGUACAGGCUCAGCUGGUAGUUGCACUAUAGCUUCUGCACAGGUUGCAUUGACUGGUCAAGCCUCACAAUGAUUCUGCCACGAUGAGCAGCAAUUGUUCCUUUGGAAGGGCAUAUUCAUUGUAUCAUUUCUGCAUAUACUAUUUUCCACUCACUAGCUCAUUGGAGUUGAGUUGCCUAUAUAUUUUUUGCUUCCGUCUUAAGUUGCUACUUAUUAGAGUUCAUUGGAGCUGAAAUCCUUGGUAAUGACUGCUGUGUUAAUUUUUCAAGGAUAUUUCAUUGCAAAUCCCGAUCUUAAGAAGGUAAAGUUUUUUUUUGUUAACCCGUUGCCCAAAUUGUAUUAUCAUAUGGCAAGAAACAAAGAUUCUCCAUAUUUUCUCACUAAACCAUGAUAUAACCAAUUGAGCAGCCAUUCUACACUUAUCCCCCCAACGAACACCCAACUUGGUUUGUUACAUUUUAUGCAAACUUUAGGAAGAGAACAAAACCGACUGGUUUGAUUCAGAAGUGUUUAUAUAAGCAACUGUUUUUAACAAGGCUGCUUGUAAAAAAAUUGCAAUAAGAUAAUUUCUUUGUUUACCUCCAUUUUUUUACUGGAAACUUUGUGCAGGGAUCAGAUGCAUCAACAGCUAGCAUCAGAUGCGACAUUUGCUUAUACUGUGAGGAGAACGGUUAAUUAAACUUGACUAUGUGACCCAUACCUGUAUUGAUUAUGAGGUGCCACAAGACAUGGGCUGUGGGUGCCGGAUUAUCGGGCAGACCAAUCAACAUCUGGACACUGCUGAAUCUGAUGUACAGUGCGAGGUAACCACUUUAAGGGAGAUGUCGAGCCGGAGGUCACGGUCUAGGCAAUCUGGCUCAUCAAGGAUCACCGAGGAGCAAAUCAGUGACCUCGUUUCCAAGUUGCAGGACCUCCUCCCGGAAGCUCGCCUCCAGAGCAAUGCCAGAGUACCAUCCGCGAGGGUGUUGCAGGAGACGUGCAACUACAUCAGGAGCUUGCACCAGGAGGUGGACGACCUGAGCGAGAGGCUGUCGGAGCUGCUGGCGACGUCCGACAUGAGCAGCGCGCAGGCGGCGAUCAUCCGCAGCCUGCUCAUGUAGGGAGACAGACAGAUCUCGGUACCCUUGGAGCGUUCAUAGCCUAAUUAAGUAGAGUGAUGUUUAGUACUUCGAAGCAGAUUAAUUCCCUAAUUCGCCAAUGUACUUUGCCUACGUGCGCGCUGUUGUCGUGUCGACGCUUGAGCCAGAGCUAUCCUUUUUUUCGUGUACUUAAUCAAGCCCAUCGCAAUUCGUGCAAAGCUUAAUUGUAAUUUGUAUCAUUGCUGUGUGUUCCUUGCAA